UCUUUAUAACUUUCAUGACAACCCUCAUUUUAUGCAUGUAAGCACAUAAAACGAAAUGUUUGUAAUUGGUUGAAACUUGUGAUAUGUAUAUAUCCAGUUCUCUGAAUAUUACAUCAACAAGGCAGAACUGAAGGUUGUUGCACAGAACAAAAAGAUGCCUCCUAAAGAGUUUAAAGAGAAGGUCCACAUCAACAUUGUUGUGAUUGGUCAUGUGGACUCGGGCAAGUCCACCUCAACUGGUCACCUGAUCUAUAAAUGUGGUGGUAUUGAUAAAAGAACCAUUGAGAAAUUUGAGAAAGAGGCUGCUGAGAUGGGCAAAGGAUCUUUCAAAUAUGCCUGGGUGUUGGACAAACUGAAGGCAGAAAGAGAACGUGGUAUAACGAUCGAUAUUGCACUGUGGAAAUUUACUACAUCGAAAUACUACAUCACCAUAAUUGACGCACCGGGUCAUCGUGAUUUCAUCAAAAACAUGAUCACAGGAACUUCACAAGCUGACUGCGCUGUAUUGAUUGUCGCCUCCAGUACUGGAGAGUUUGAAGCGGGAAUCUCAAAGAACGGUCAAACAAGAGAGCACGCCCUGUUGGCUUACACCCUUGGUGUGAAACAAAUGAUAAUUGGUGUAAAUAAGAUUGACAACACGGAACCACCGUACUCUGAGGCGAGAUUCAAUGAAAUAACAAAAGAAGUUAGUGCAUACGUGAAAAAGGUUGGUUAUAAUCCGAAGGAAGUAGCAGUUGUACCUAUUUCCGGUUGGCACGGUGAUAACAUGAUUGAACCAUCUAACAACAUGCCCUGGUACAAAGGAUGGUCUGUUGAGAAGAAGGAGCCUGUCACUGGAAAAAUUAUUCAGUCGUCGGGAAAGACCCUCCUUGAGGCAUUGGAUUCUAUCCAGUCUCCGGCUCGACCAACAGAUAAACCAUUACGACUUCCUCUUCAAGAUGUGUACAAGAUCGGAGGAAUAGGAACUGUUCCGGUUGGGCGUGUUGAAACGGGAGUUAUCAAACCUGGCAUGGUGGUAACCUUUGCUCCUGUACAACUUACCACUGAGGUCAAGUCGGUUGAAAUGCACCAUGAAGCCUUGACCGAGGCUCUGCCAGGUGACAACGUGGGGUUUAAUGUAAAGAAUGUAUCUAUUAAAGAUAUAAAGAGAGGAAAUGUUUGCGGUGAUUCAAAGAAUGAUCCCCCAAAAGGAGCGAGUAGUUUUGUUGCACAGGUGAUCAUCAUGAACCACCCAGGAGAGAUUCAUCAUGGAUAUGCCCCGGUUUUAGAUUGUCACACGGCACACAUUGCCUGCAAGUUUGAGGAAAUCAAGGAAAAGAUUGAUCGUAGAUCCGGCAAGGUAUUGGAAGAGAAUCCAAAGAUGGUCAAAUCUGGUGAUGCUUGUAUGGUAAAGUUGGUACCAUCUAAACCGAUGGUGGUCGAGAGUUUCUCAGAAUAUCCCCCACUGGGGAGGUUUGCUGUCCGAGACAUGAGACAGACCGUGGCGGUUGGUGUAAUAAAAUCGGUGCAGAAAUCUGAGAUGCAAGGAAAAACCACGAAGGCAGCACAAAAGGCGACCGGGAAGAAGAAAUAGGUAUUGAAACUUGCAGAACUCUUACGCGUUUUAGCAAUGGCAAGAUAAAAUACGUUCAUCUAUAUGUGUAUCUAUAUUUUAUUUAUAUCAAAUCUGUUUGUAAUAGAUUACCAGGAACAGCAUUUCUAAGAAAUUGGAUUGUUAACUUGAUAUAUAAAUCUGUGUAUCUCAAAAUAUAAUAAAAUAAAUUAGUCAG